AGACCAAAACAAGAGAAGAGAAGAGAAGAAAAGAAAAGAGAAGGAGAAGAGAAAGAGAGUCUCUCUCCUCUCAUCUCAUCUAAUCCAAUCUUAAAUCUCUCUCUCUCCUCGACUCAGAACUCCCAAGUCAGACCGGACCAAACCCAUCAAUGGAAACCUCACCAAACCACCACCACCACCACCAAUCAAGCCCAUCUUCCUCUCUCCUCCCUUCUCCCAACAGCCACAGCUCCACCACCAGCACCACCAGCUCCACCAACAGCAACCAGCAACAGCCGCCACCGCCGCCUCCGCAGCCGCAGACUCCUAAGCCCGUCGCCGCCGUCACGACCAGAUGCGAAUCCGCCAACCCCUACCCGACCACCUUCGUCCAAGCCGACACCUCCUCCUUCAAGCAGGUUGUCCAGAUGCUCACUGGCUCCUCCGAAACCGCCAAGCAAGCCUCAUCCGCCAAACCCGGAAUCGACCCGGUUUCACGAUCCGCCGCCAACCACAACAUCCCGCCCGUUAAAUCCAAAUCCGGAUUCAAGCUCUACGAGCGCCGAAACUCCCUCAAGAACCUCAAGAUCAACCCUCUCAUCCCCGUCUUCGCCAACUCCGGAUUCUCUCCGAGAAAGCCGGAGAUUCUCUCUCCGAGCAUUCUAGAUUUCCCCGCUCUCGUCCUCAGCCCCGUCACGCCUCUCAUACGCGACCCGUUCGACCGAUCCGGGGCGCCCAAUUUGGACAAGGCCGCCGAGGAGAAGGCGAUUAAGGAGAAGGGCUUUUACUUGCACCCGUCGCCGGCGACGACGCCGAGAGAGGCCGAGCCCAGGCUUCUGCCGUUGUUCCCGACCACCUCGCCUAGGGCUUCUUCAGGUUCUUUGUCUUCCUGAAUAACUCAUAACUACGUUUGGUUUUUUUUUUUCUUUUUAAUUUUGGUGUAAUAUUUCGUAUAUGCUUCUUGUUGCCUGUUGGCAUUGAUAAAAACCUCCAAAAAAAAGAAAAAAAAAACUGUAAUGCGAUAUUUGCAGAGAAUGAGAUAAUCUUUGCUCCCAAAUGUAAAAUUUAAUCCUUUUUUUUUGUGACUGGUUUUUUUUUUUUUUUUUUAUUGGGCUUCUGGGUAUGUGAAUUGUCAUUAUUGGUGUGAUUGGUAGCUAAGAAAAUUUGAGGGGAAGGGAAGGAAAAAAAAAAAUUUUCAAUCUGGCAUAAA